AUGUACGGAACGUCAACAGGUCCUCAGACUGGCAUCAAUACACCUCGUUCAUCACAGUCAUUGAGGCCGCUCAUCUUAUCUCAUGGAUCGCUUGAAUUCUCGUUUCUUGUGCCAACAUCGCUUCACUUCCAUGCCUCGCAGCUGAAAGACACUUUCACAGCGUCACUACCAGAGCCCACAGACGAGCUCGCACAGGAUGAUGAGCCUUCGUCGGUAGCAGAGCUGGUUGCUCGGUACAUCGGGCAUGUUGCUCACGAAGUUGAAGAGGGUGAAGAUGAUGCCCACGGUACGAAUCAAGACGUUCUCAAAUUAGCUCUUAAUGAAUUUGAGCGGGCAUUCAUGCGCGGGAAUGAUGUCCACGCGGUUGCCGCCACCCUCCCUGGAAUCACAGCCAAGAAAGUUCUGGUUGUUGAAGCUUAUUAUGCUGGGCGAGCAGCUGCCGGAAGGCCGACAAAGCCCUACGAUUCCGCACUCUUCAGGGCUGCUUCGGAUGAGAAGGCCAGGAUCUACUCUGUUUUCGGAGGGCAGGGGAACAUUGAGGAGUACUUUGACGAAUUGAGAGAAGUUUACAAUACCUACACAUCCUUUGUGGAUGACCUCAUAUCGUCAUCCGCCGAGCUACUGCAGUCUCUUUCCCGCGAGCCAGACGCCAACAAACUGUAUCCGAAGGGUCUAAAUGUCAUGCAGUGGCUCCGGGAACCAGACACUCAGCCCGAUGUCGAUUACCUUGUGUCAGCACCGGUCAGCCUGCCGUUGAUCGGGCUAGUGCAGUUGGCGCAUUUUGCGGUCACCUGUAGGGUGCUUGGGAAGGAACCGGGUGAAAUUCUUGAGCGAUUUAGUGGGACUACAGGUCAUUCGCAGGGCAUUGUUACCGCCGCUGCAAUUGCUACAGCCACAACCUGGGAGAGCUUCCACAAAGCUGUUGCCAAUGCAUUAACGAUGCUCUUCUGGAUUGGUCUGCGAAGCCAGCAGGCAUACCCUCGAACAUCAAUCGCUCCAUCCGUGUUACAAGACUCGAUUGAGAAUGGGGAAGGGACACCGACCCCUAUGCUUUCAAUUCGUGAUCUACCGCGUACCGCCGUGCAGGAGCAUAUCGACAUGACCAACCAGCAUCUCCCGGAGGAUAGACACAUCUCAAUCUCACUCGUCAACAGCGCGCGUAACUUUGUUGUUACUGGUCCCCCUCUCUCGCUUUAUGGCCUUAACCUUCGUUUGCGCAAGGUCAAGGCUCCCACCGGUCUGGACCAGAAUCGCGUGCCGUUCACGCAGCGCAAAGUCCGCUUCGUCAACCGAUUCCUCCCGAUAACGGCACCUUUCCAUAGCCAAUACCUAUACUCGGCAUUUGAUCGUAUCAUGGAGGAUCUGGAGGAUGUCGAGAUUUCACCGAAAUCACUUACCAUUCCAGUCUAUGGUACCAAAACCGGCGAUGAUCUGAGGGCGAUCAGCGAUGCAAAUGUCGUUCCUGCACUGGUUCGAAUGAUUACUCAUGAUCCUGUCAACUGGGAACAGACAACCGCUUUUCCAAAUGCUACCCACAUCGUUGACUUUGGUCCCGGAGGAAUUUCAGGUCUUGGAGUUCUUACCAAUCGCAACAAGGACGGCACCGGAGUUCGCGUCAUACUCGCAGGAUCUAUGGAUGGUACCAACGCUGAGGUCGGGUACAAGCCGGAACUGUUUGACCGCGAUGAACAUUCGGUGAAGUAUGCCAUCGAUUGGGUCAAAGAAUAUGGACCACGCCUGGUGAAGAAUGCUACAGGUCAAACCUUCGUCGACACCAAAAUGAGCCGGUUAUUGGGUAUCCCGCCUAUUAUGGUUGCUGGAAUGACACCAACCACCGUUCCAUGGGACUUUGUUGCUGCAACGAUGAACGCUGGCUACCAUAUCGAACUCGCUGGCGGAGGCUACUACAACGCUAAGACCAUGACGGAGGCAAUCACCAAGAUUGAGAAGGCCAUUCCUCCUGGUCGAGGUAUUACCGUCAACCUGAUCUACGUUAAUCCGCGUGCCAUGGGUUGGCAAAUCCCCCUCAUCGGCAAGCUUAGGGCCGACGGAGUGCCAAUUGAGGGUCUUACUAUUGGCGCAGGUGUCCCGUCUAUCGAAGUGGCCAACGAGUACAUUGAAACUCUCGGUAUCAAGCACAUUGCCUUCAAGCCUGGCUCCGUGGAUGCAAUUCAACAGGUCAUCAAUAUUGCGAAGGCAAAUCCUAAGUUUCCUGUGAUUUUACAAUGGACCGGUGGCCGUGGGGGUGGACAUCACUCUUUUGAAGACUUCCAUCAACCGAUUCUGCAAAUGUACAGCCGUAUCCGGCGGCAUGAAAACAUCAUUCUCGUCGCCGGUAGCGGAUUCGGUGGAGCCGAAGAUACGUAUCCUUACCUUUCUGGGAACUGGUCGUCCCGCUUCGGAUACCCCCCAAUGCCUUUUGAUGGGUGCUUAUUUGGUAGCCGCAUGAUGACUGCCAAAGAAGCACACACUUCAAAGAAUGCCAAACAAGCCAUUGUGGAUGCUCCUGGCCUUGACGACCAGGAUUGGGAGAAAACUUACAAAGGCGCUGCCGGAGGAGUCGUCACUGUCCUCUCGGAAAUGGGUGAGCCCAUCCACAAACUGGCUACGCGCGGUGUUCUGUUCUGGCAUGAGAUGGAUCAAAAGAUUUUCAAGUUGGACAAAGCAAAGCGUGUGCCGGAGUUAAAGAAACAACGGGAUUAUAUUAUCAAGAAGCUCAAUGACGACUUCCAGAAGGUUUGGUUCGGACGCAACUCCGCUGGAGAGACCGUUGAUCUCGAAGAUAUGACGUACGCAGAGGUCGUUCAUCGCAUGGUGGAUCUGAUGUAUGUCAAGCAUGAGGGCCGGUGGAUAGACGAUUCCUUGAAGAAGUUGACGGGUGAUUUCAUCCGUCGGGUGGAGGAACGUUUUACUACCGCUGAAGGGCAAGCAUCGCUCCUUCAGAACUAUUCGGAGCUUAAUGUUCCUUAUCCCGCCGUUGACAAUAUUCUCGCCGCCUAUCCUGAAGCGGCAACCCAGCUUAUAAACGCCCAGGAUGUCCAGCAUUUCCUUCUACUCUGUCAACGUCGUGGGCAAAAGCCUGUUCCAUUUGUUCCCUCGUUGGAUGAAAACUUCGAAUACUGGUUUAAGAAGGAUUCGUUGUGGCAAAGCGAGGAUUUGGAAGCAGUGGUGGGUCAGGAUGUCGGAAGGACCUGUAUUUUGCAAGGUCCAAUGGCCGCCAAGUUCUCAACGGUAAUUGACGAGCCGGUUGGGGAUAUUCUCAACUCUAUUCACCAGGGACAUAUUAAAAGCCUCAUUAAAGACAUGUACAACGGCGACGAAACGACCAUUCCGAUCACCGAAUACUUCGGAGGGCGACUGAGCGAGGCGCAGGAGGACAUUGAAAUGGAUGGCCUUACCAUAUCAGAGGACGCAAACAAAAUCAGCUACCGGUUGUCCUCGUCCGCAGCAGAUCUGCCAGAGGUUAACCGCUGGUGUCGUCUUCUUGCAGGCCGUUCAUAUUCGUGGAGACAUGCUUUGUUUUCGGCAGAUGUGUUUGUCCAAGGUCACCGCUUCCAAACAAACCCCUUGAAGCGUGUACUCGCGCCGAGCACCGGCAUGUAUGUGGAGAUUGCGAAUCCUGAGGAUGCCCCGAAAACUGUUAUCAGCGUCAGAGAACCAUACCAGUCCGGUAAACUCGUUAAGACGGUUGAUAUCAAAUUAAACGAGAAGGGCCAAAUUGCGCUUACUCUAUAUGAGGGAAGAACUGCCGAGAACGGAGUGGUUCCUCUGACUUUCUUGUUUACCUAUCACCCGGAUACCGGCUAUGCGCCCAUCAGAGAGGUCAUGGACAGUCGCAACGACCGCAUUAAGGAAUUCUAUUAUCGUAUCUGGUUCGGAAACAAGGAUGUUCCAUUUGAUACACCAACGACGGCCACGUUCAAUGGAGGUCGUGAAACUAUCACGUCGCAGGCUGUUGCCGAUUUCGUUCACGCUGUCGGUAACACUGGAGAAGCGUUCGUCGAACGUCCUGGGAAAGAAGUGUUUGCGCCCAUGGACUUUGCCAUCGUAGCAGGAUGGAAAGCUAUCACUAAACCCAUCUUCCCUCGGACCAUUGACGGAGAUUUGCUGAAGCUAGUUCACCUUUCUAACGGGUUCAAGAUGGUUCCUGGUGCCCAACCGCUCAAGGUGGGAGACGUUCUAGAUACCACCGCACAGAUCAACUCCAUCAUCAACGAAGAGUCUGGGAAGAUUGUUGAAGUUUGCGGUACUAUCAGAAGGGAUGGCAAGCCCAUAAUGCAUGUCACUAGCCAGUUCCUUUACCGGGGAGCAUACACAGACUUCGAAAAUACCUUUCAGCGUAAGGAUGAAGUUCCAAUGCAGGUUCACCUUGCGUCUAGCCGAGAUGUGGCCAUUCUUCGAUCCAAAGAAUGGUUCCGCCUUGACAUGGACGACGUUGAGUUGUUGGGUCAGACCCUGACCUUCCGUCUCCAAAGUCUGAUCAGGUUCAAGAACAAGAAUGUUUUCAGUCAGGUGCAAACUAUGGGCCAAGUCCUUCUCGAACUUCCCACCAAAGAAGUGAUACAGGUUGCUUCGGUCGACUACGAGGCUGGCACGUCUCAUGGAAACCCUGUGAUUGACUAUCUUCAACGGAACGGAACUUCCAUUGAGCAGCCUGUCUACUUCGAAAACCCUAUACCUCUCAGCGGGAAAACGCCUCUAGUCCUCCGUGCUCCUGCAUCCAACGAAACUUACGCUAGGGUCUCUGGAGACUACAACCCUAUUCACGUGUCUCGGGUUUUCUCCAGCUACGCCAACUUGCCCGGUACAAUCACCCAUGGAAUGUACACGAGCGCUGCGGUUCGCAGUCUCGUCGAAACCUGGGCGGCCGAAAACAAUAUUGGCCGCGUUCGAGGCUUUCAUGUAUCUCUUGUAGACAUGGUUCUUCCAAACGACCUAAUCACUGUCAGGCUGCAACAUGUCGGUAUGAUUGCCGGUCGCAAAAUCAUUAAGGUCGAGGCCAGCAAUAAGGAGACAGAGGAUAAGGUUUUGUUGGGUGAAGCAGAGGUUGAGCAACCAGUUACUGCAUACGUCUUCACUGGUCAAGGAUCCCAGGAACAAGGAAUGGGAAUGGAACUCUAUGCUACUAGCCCAGUUGCCAAAGAGGUUUGGGACCGGGCAGACCGUCAUUUCAUUGAGAACUAUGGCCUGUCCAUCAUUGACAUUGUCAAGAAUAACCCGAAGGAACUCACGGUUCACUUUGGCGGACCUCGCGGCAAAGCAAUCCGUCAAAACUACAUGUCCAUGACCUUUGAAACUGUCAACGCUGAUGGAACUAUUAAGUCUGAGAAGAUUUUCAAAGAGAUUGAUGAGACUACGACAUCUUACACGUACCGCUCUCCGACGGGCCUUCUUUCCGCUACUCAAUUCACCCAACCUGCUUUGACGUUGAUGGAGAAAGCAAGCUUCGAAGACAUGCGCUCAAAGGGUCUUGUUCAGAGAGACAGCAGCUUUGCCGGCCACUCCUUGGGUGAAUAUUCCGCCCUCGCCGCCCUUGCUGAUGUUAUGCCCAUCGAAAGUUUAGUCUCAGUUGUCUUUUAUCGCGGCUUGACAAUGCAAGUUGCUGUUGAACGAGACGAACAGGGUCGUUCGAAUUAUUCGAUGUGUGCCGUUAAUCCCAGCCGAAUCUCCAAAACUUUUAACGAACAGGCUCUUCAGUAUGUCGUUGGGAACAUCUCCGAGCAAACAGGCUGGCUCUUGGAAAUUGUCAACUACAAUGUCGCAAACAUGCAAUAUGUUGCGGCUGGUGAUCUUCGGGCACUUGACUGUCUCACCAACCUGCUGAAUUACCUCAAAGCGCAAAAUAUUGACAUUCCGGCUCUUAUGCAGAGCAUGUCCUUGGAAGACGUGAAGGCUCACCUUGUCAACAUCAUUCAUGAAUGCGUGAAGCAAACCGAGGCGAAGCCCAAGCCCAUUAACCUUGAGCGUGGAUUUGCUACAAUUCCUCUGAAGGGAAUCGACGUACCCUUCCACAGUACUUUCCUUCGUUCUGGUGUGAAGCCGUUCCGAUCCUUCUUGCUCAAGAAGAUCAACAAGACAACGAUCGAUCCAAGCAAACUGGUUGGGAAGUACAUACCCAAUGUGACGGCCCGACCGUUCGAGAUCACCAAGGAAUACUUCGAGGACGUAUACCGGCUCACGAACUCUCCCAGGAUCGCUCAUAUCCUAGCAAAUUGGGAAAAGUAUGAAGAAGGAACUGAGGGAGGUUCCCGCCAUGGCGGUACUACUGCGGCUUCAUCCUGAAAACCAUGUCAUGAUUUUUCCUUCUUUUAGUCCUAUAGCACUUCUUAGCGCUUGGGGUUGUGUGUCGCUGUUAUCUCGUCUUUUUGAUUGGGCGUAUGUUCCCUUUGUUCAUAUUCUCAGAUAGCAUUUAUGAUGGGAAUGAUAUCUACAGAUUAUAGAUCGGGUGGUAUCAGAUAUGCAUUCUCCUGCUCACUUAUGUUGGACUUCCUUCGCUGUAGUUAAUUUUCAAUCAGUUUUGAGUUCAUGAAUU